AUGCGAACUCACUUCCCGGAAGCAGAAGCAGGAGCGUACAAAAAGGCUUUGAAAGAGCGCUUGGAUAGGGUGGAGUCGCUGCUCAAAGCCGCUGGUCUCGUGGACGAGGAGAAUCUUACACCUCCAGAAACCAGCAGCGAUGACGGUGUGUCGCUCGAAGAGGACAAAAUGGAAGCCGAAAGUGACGAUGAGCUCUCAAGUCCACUGCCGCAUAACUCGAGUGAGCACAAGGUUCGCUUGUUCAAGUCGGCCAAUCAGCAGUCGGGACUUGAGUCAUCUAGCAAGCUUUCCGGUACUGGGGAUAGCCAGCAUGUUUCCAUAAUUCGAUGGGAUAACAAGGCUGACUCCAUAUACUACGGACGUUCUUCCUCAUUGUCCAUUUUAUCCAGAGAAGGGAUUGAGUGGAUCAAGCACAAGACCGGUGAAGUCAACUUUCUUCGUCUGCUAGUCUCAGACACAAGGCACGAUAGUCCAUGGGACUAUUGGCGGCCUGACGUGUUCCACGAUGUCUUUGCCUCGAAGGUCUUCAAACCUCUUCCGCCCCGAGCGGAGGUAUUUUCCUUAUUAGGCGAUUAUUUUCGAACAAUCAAUCGCUUGUUCCCGCUUUACCAUGAAGCCUCUUUUAUGGAAAUGGUGGAAUGGCAGUACACACAGCAGACGUGCGAUGACGCUGCUCGGUGGGCCAGCAUCAAUGUCAUUCUCGCCUUGGCCUAUGAAUACAGAUACACAAAUAGUCUCAAGUCGGAAAAGGACAAAGAAAGAGCAUGGCUCUAUUAUAAGAACGCCAUGUCGGUUUUCACUGAACUGACGCUGCGCCGGACUGAUAUGCUGAGUGUACAAGCCCUCCUUGGCAUGGCGCUUUUCCUUCGUGGUAAUUCAGGCACUCAGUCAGCAAUGCCUUUAAUAACAGCAGCCAUCAGAACGUGCCACCGACUGGGUCUCCAUCGUGACACUCCGCGGCCUCACCUUGCCCCAGCGGAGCAGGAGCAGAGGAAAAGGGUCUUCUGGAUCGCCUUUAUUCUAGAUCAAAGUACAUGUAUACGAACUGGAAAUGCGCCAACUCAACAUCCCGACGAUUUUGACGUCGAGAUCCCUGCUGUUGAUCCCGAAAAUGAUCUCUUGCUAAGUGACAACAAACCAUUUUUCCAGCAACUUUGUCAACUCACCAUUAUCAAGAGUCGUAUAUACACGGAGCUCUAUUCUGAAAAAGCCUUGCAGAAUAAGACCGCAGCUGAAGUCAUGAAGAUCGUGAAGAAACUUCACGCUGAACUCGGAGAAUGGAGGGCGGCGAACACGUUUGAUGAUCAAUUGAAACAGGGAGCGGCAGGCGAAGAUUUUCUGCGAGGAUUUGCGUCCGCCGGCAUGCAGUUCGUCUACUUCAACUCUUUGAUCUUGAUCCAUCGGAUGCCUCUAGUCAUUGCCUUCAUCUACCGACAACGUCUCGCAAAUGGAGAUUCUGCUCCUGAUGAUGCCAAUUUGAUCCUUCGAGAAUCGUCCUCCUCCAUUGCUUUUUGUUCAGAGGCUGCUCGGGAUACGUUGAGGCUCGUUAAUAAUCUCCCAUGGGGUGAUAUAGCAUGGAUAUGGUCCCUUCUGUAUUACGUGUUUCUGGCCGUUAUGACAAUUUUCAUAAACAUUCUGCGAGACUCGCGGUACCCUAACGUCAGGGAAGACAUUCAAUCGCUCAACAUGGCUUCGACAUUCUUCGCCACGCUGAUCCCCGGCGACGGGCCCUCCAAUUACGCCCGGUUCAUGACGCAAAUGAGCGCAAACUUUGAACGAAUAGCCAGAUCUGUCGUAGAGCGAGAUCAAAAGGCAACCAAACUCAGCCAACGAGCGAAUUCUCGUGCAUCAAUGACCAGAGCAGAAGGCCACGAUCUCGCAUCAGAAGAACAACGAAGCCAGCGUAACCAACCGGCAGAAGCGCCAAGAUCAUCCCCUUCAUCUUCUCCCGUCCACUCGCCCUCGAUCAUCGACAUUCCCCAUCUCCCCGGUCUUCCCCGCAUCAACUCUUCCGGCUACGUGGUACCCGAUAGCAGCCCUCCGGCGUCCGAUGACCUCCAACCCUCAAGUCCUUAUCCUCCACUUGAAAAUACCUAUCAAAACGGCGCAGCGCCAUCUGAAUCAUCCGUUUCUCCCCAAGGAUUCAAUAAUCCCACCUAUCCCUUUGACGCCUUCUUCCCAAUGCCGGUAGCCAACCACAUCCCUCAAAGCGAUUUCUGGCAAACCAUCCCGGUAGCGGACUGGGGACUCCCCAGUUCGAAUCAGUUCAGUGACGAUCCCUACAUGCAAGGCUUCUUUCAAGGAAGGGCACCGUCCUUCACAGCACCAACAACCACAGCGACGUCGAGCAAUGUGCCAUCGGUACCCAUUAACAUGGGAUUUUCUUCUGAAACCCCGGGCCAAUUUGUUAACGAUCAGGGGCCGAGUCAGAGCAUCUGGCCUGGGGGAGGGUUUGUAAACCCAUUCUCUUAA